AUGUCCGACGACGAUGAUUACAUGAAUAUGGUCAUCGAGGAACCUACCCAAAAGGAGACUCUGACACAAAGAAAGCGCCGUGAGCAACGCGAGGCCGAAACCCGAGGUCGCGUCCUCUCGAAGUCCGAGCGUGCCGCCCAGGAAGCUGCCCGCCGCGAUGAAGCUCUCGCGACGAGCACCCUCAACCCGACCAACAAGGGCUUCCAGAUGAUGGCCAAGCUAGGUUUCAAACCCGGCGAGGCACUGGGCAAGCGUGUCAGUGAGGAAACCGAGAGCGACUCCUCCCGAGCACGCGCCGAGCCACUGAACCUCACCUUCAAAGAAAACCGCGGCGGAAUCGGUCUCGACAGCGAGAAAAAGCGCAAGAUCCGCGAGGAGGCCGAGGAAGCUUCGAAGAAAAUCAAGCACGAGGAAGGGACGUAUCGGGAUCGUGUGCGCGAAGAACGCGAGACAAAACGGACAGAGGCGCAAGUGCGCGCUGCGCAAAAAGUGGCUGAGCGGCUGGAUGCGGGCGAAGAAUCAGACCAACCCAAAACCGGGGAUGAGGAUAACGCCAAAGACGAUGAGACACCCAAGCGCAAGCCGGUCAAGCUCACGUCCCAAAUCAACGUUCUUUAUCGGGGUCUAGUUCGUGAGCGCGAAAAGCACGAUAAUGAUCGGCAAGCGCGCCACGCCAUGCAGUCUUCGCUGCCGUCGUCAUUCUUCCCGAGGGCGAAGCUUCCGGAAUACGACGAUCCGACGCUAGAGCGGGAGGACAAGAAAGCCCUCGGACAGCUUGAUCAGCAGACGUCAGCGCUAGAGAUUGAGCUUGAAGAAGAGGACGAGGAGCUCGAUGCGUUCAACGCUCUUGAGCCUGGAGAGCGACUACAUAAGUUGGUCAUGUACCUUCGCGAGGAACACCGGUAUUGUUUCUGGUGUAAAUUUGCCUACGAAACGGAGGCCGAGCUGGAAGGAUGUCCUGGGCUUACGGAGGAGGAUCAUGACUGA